AUGUCUUACGACCUGUCCCUGGAGGUUGACACCUUCCCGUCUACGCCCAGCGGGCCUCCCACGUCUCCUCUCUUCUUUGACGGGAUCGGCCAUGACGAAUUUGACGCCUCGCAAUUUUCGCAGUCUUCCAGGGUGAUCACCAUCCAUGACGACAACCCAGAUCGUACCCAGACAGAUCUUGUCAUCUCCAAGAUCGAGGAAAUCUUUGCGACCAUGGUUGAUGUUCUCGCUGAAGGCGGCGAUGCACUCGUCAUCCCGUACCGCAGACGAACAUCUCAGAGGGAAGGAGUGCUGAGGUUCCCUGGAAGCACAGUGCAGGAAGCCAUCAAGUUCACCAGGAUGAUGCGGAUCAUGGAGCUGGCCCGCGAGGCACUGGUGUCUGGCCGUCUUAUCAGUAAAAGGAACAUUUAUUACCAGGAUCCAGACCUCUUCAAGAGCCAGAGCAACGUUGAUGAACUGGUCGACGACCUUGCGUUUACGCUUGGAGUUGGCCGCAACGCCCUGCAUAUUGUUGCCGCAUCCAAGGGUCUCAUCGCAGGGCCAUUGAGAUUGACCACGAAGGACGACACAGUCGUCGCCUGUUCAUUUGACCAAGAUCCCGGCGAGACCGUCCCUUCUAUCAGCACGAUCAGAAAGAUCGACUUUGGAGAGACGAGAUGGAUUCUUGUCAUUGAGAAAGAGGCAACCUUUCGCACUCUGGCGGCCUCCCAGUACUGGAGACACUGCAUCCAUGGUCAAGGCACUAUGAUCACAGGCAAAGGCUAUGCAGAUCUAGCCACACUCGAGUUUCUAAACUUGAUCCAUUCGGCACGACCGCUCAUGCCCAUCUUGGGCGUCUUCGACUGCGACCCGCACGGCAUCGAGAUCAUGCGAACAUACAAGUACGGCAGCCAAAGACUGAGCCACGAGGAAAACGCUCGAGUGCCGGGCAUGCAGUGGCUCGGCGUCAAAAUAGAUGAUAUCCUGCGAGCCAUUCCGCCGGCCGUUGAGGAAAUUGGAUCACAGAGCUCCCUUGGCCAAGCAAGCCAGUCAAGAUCGCAGCCAGUCCGACAGCACAGGGUUCGAGGUCCACGAAACGCAGCCGACUCAUUGAUGCCGCUGACGACGAACGACCGCAAGACAGCCCAAAGGAUCUUCGGGGCCAUGACAGCAAGGGGCAACGAACUCGAUCACGAAGAGACGGAACAGCUGCGGGAGAUACAGGUGAUGCUGAUGCUCAACGUCAAAGCCGAGAUUCAGGCAAUCGACAAUAUGGGCGACCUCUCCGAUUGGCUGGACGAGAAGAUUGGGAUGGCUUGA